CCGAGGGCUGAGUGAUGAUUCUUUGACCAUUGCUUUUUCUUCUUUCGAGGGAUGACAAUGAGCUUUUAUGGUGUGGUCCCCAGCCGAGAACUGACCGCCCACCAUGAGGUUUCCGUUGUCUGUGGUUUUAAUACUCGGCUUACCUGGUGUAGCUCGAGCCUUACAAUUAAAUGCUAGACAGGAUACCCCAAGCGGGAAUUUUUCUCUCCCUUUAUCUUCGAAAACUCUGAGCAGCCAGAAGGAGCCCGCGGCGACUUCACUGAUAGCCGUCAUCACCACAACGCCUCCGGCACAGGUUAUUAUCCCGCCGUCUGUCCCAAGGCAGGGACGUGAUCCCCAAGAACCUGAGGGUGUUGAUACGCCUCCCCCAGGCCCCCCUGAAUUUUCACCGGAGCCGACUCUAGGAAGUGUGACUUCAGUGGGAUUGUCAUCUCUACAAGAGAGACCUGCUGAUCUCGGAACGACAUCGAUAGGGGUCGGCUCUGAUACGACGACGUCCUUUUUUUCAUCGUCUUCGCCGUUUUUAGCAACUACGGCCGAGACAGCCUCGGCCAACCCUACGACAAUCAUUACGGCAACCUUCUCUUCGGUGGGUGCAUCACCACCGACAACCCUUCUUACCGCGAAAGCUACACCUAGUGUCGGCAUCUCAACAGCGAGAGAGGAGCUGGGAACUACCACCGUCGCCUCCGAGUCUGAUUCUGCUUCGUUGCCUGCUAGCACAACCACGAUGUCUGGCACUGUCCCGACGUCGACUGGUACUAACUCAGACGAAAACGGAGGUAACGGUUCUACCUUGACUAUCGUGCUCAGUACGGUUUUGAGCGUCACCGGCGUAGUUAUGGUCGCGUUGGCAGCAUAUUUGUGCACCGGGAACCGGCGGAGGAGGAUACCGAUGCUGAAUCGAGGCAUUACCCCGAUUGGCGACGACGAGAUAGCGACUUGGAAACUGAAUAAGCCAGCCGAGAAGGAGACUGACCGAUACACGAGGCGGCCGAGCCACUCGCAGAAUGCGUCUAUCUCGACCUCGACCAGGAGAGCGCCCAGCUUGAUACAGUAUCAGAACGGCGGCCGGCCGUCUCUCGAGGUGACAUCACCGAGGUCGUUCAUCGGCGGCAAGCAGAGUUUCGACCUCCCGCAGGUCCCGGGGGCCGUGUUGGCACGGGCGCCAAAUGCGAGAUCAGGUCUUACGGACGAGAUGGUUCCCGGAGACGACCCCUUCUUGCCGUCUCCCAAGCGACAUCCGUCGAGGCUGCACAAACUACCGCCGAGCACACCAAGCAUGCACACUCGAGCGAAGGGUUCGCGGAGUAGUAGUUUGAAGAGCUCCCCUGAAGGCGGAUGGCGAGAUGGGGUAGCCGAUAUCUCGCCCGCUAGGGGCUCGGGGGACCGCCCACGCAGCCACAGCCGUGUCUAUUCAUCCUCGUCCAUACCACCGCCGCCGAGGAUGUCGUUCAGCGAAAACGAUCAGUGGACGGGUCUGUCCCCGCCUCCGUCGCGACGGAACGACACCAUAAUCGGACUCGCCGUCGGUUGAUGUCGAUGGAGAUCGAUCGACUGUCCGGUUUCAGGCAACCGAGCAACCGAGCUCCCACCCCCCCCGCCGUUUCCAUGUUUUCCCCGAAUUUUGGAAACCGCCGGGAUGCAGGCCCGAGCACUCCUGUUUCAGUUUCUCGAGACUCUGGGUGAGGACCGAGAAGGGUCGGCUCGACUAUCCUUGCGCAACAGCUGACCACUCCCGGAGUUGCGUGGCAUUGCGUUACGUAAGGUCAUCAGGGGCGAGCACCAACCAACGACACCUCUCAACCUCACAAAUUUGUGACGGCCAAUCAAUAAUGGCAUGGCUGUAUUCUCA